UUUUUGUUAAGGUGAUCAUUUAUUAUGAUUCGCUAGCUGGUGGAUCAUCGGCAUACCCUUCAUUGCCAAUAACUUUGAUAACAAAGAGAAACUUCAUUCCUUUAUAUACAUGAGGAGAAAAUGAAUUUAUCAUUGAUUAACUUGCAUAUAUAUGACUCUUCAGCAAGAUUGGGAUUUGAACCUGUCUUAGGCGAUGUCUCAAAUUUCAGAGUAUAGAAAAGUGGCAGGGGUAACAUUGUUGAAGAUUAUACUGUCUUAAACAUGGAAAUGGAUAGUUUGUAAUGAUUUUGAGAUUAGUAUCAUUCAUUUCACAACUGGUUGGUACCAGUUCUGGUUAACUAUCAUGUUUUUUGUAUUGACCUGUAUUCCCAUAUUUCCGCUGCGUGGCAGCUAUGGAGAACUGUAUUGCUGAUGCCAUUUAAGCUUAUCACGGUCUUUCUUCACGAAGCAAGUCAUGCCAUUGCUUGUAAACUCACUGGUGGCCAUGUGGAAGGGAUGCAAAUUCAUGCUGAUGAGGGAGGUGCGACACAUACCCGUGGGGGUUUAUCCUGCCCAGCAGGAUGGAUGAUGUUGAUGCUUGCUUCCACGGAUCUUAUCACAGCAAGGAUUGCCGCUGCCUGUUUAGCCGUAGCUUUAUUAGUUGUCCAUUUUGUGGCGAAAAAUUGGACACUUCGGGGACAGGAAACAACAAAGAUUCGCAUUCUUCAGUACAUCAUUCUGUUCAUCGGUAUAUGA